CAGCUUUCCUCCCUCGUUGUCUCACCAGCAACCACCAUCCGCUAGCCACUUUAGCAUCAAGGUGGAUAAAAAGCUAACAUCCAGAAACACAGAAGUGUCCGUUCACGCUCCCCUGGUUAUGAAUUCCGCUUGAAUUUACCGAAGUUCCCAGACGUCCAAGUGACCAACUUGAAGGCCUGGUCAAAGAUGCAGUUCAUGCUGUUGUUCAGCCGGCAGGGAAAGCUGCGGUUACAGAAAUGGUAUGUUCCUCUGUCUGACAAAGAGAGGAAGAAGAUCUCCAGAGACCUGGUGCAGACCAUCCUGGCCAGGAAGCCCAAGAUGUGCAGCUUCUUGGAGUGGAGGGAUCUCAAGAUUGUGUAUAAAAGAUAUGCAAGCCUGUAUUUCUGCUGUGCGGUAGAGGAUCAAGAUAACGAGCUCAUCACCCUGGAGAUCAUCCAUAGAUACGUGGAGCUGCUGGACAAAUAUUUCGGCAGUGUGUGUGAGCUGGAUAUUAUCUUCAACUUUGAGAAGGCCUACUUCAUCCUGGAUGAGUUCCUGCUGGGCGGAGAGGCUCAGGAAACAUCCAAGAAGAAUGUGCUGAAGGCUAUUGAGCAGGCUGACCUGCUGCAGGAGGAAGCCGAAGCACCACGGAGUGUAUUAGAAGAAAUUGGGCUGACAUAAAUCAUCGCCCUGCUGCCUCAUUUCUUCCAGAUGCAGAUCUGGCCACCUCCAUGUCUCUACCCUGUCUUCUGUUCACUGUGUCAGUGUUGUAUGUAUAUAAUCACCAUCUAUGUACUUUAUUAUUCUGUACUGUAUCCUGUAAUGUCCUUUCAGUGUGGUGCCAACUGUGGUUUUAAUAUGUCUCCUGUGUACAAGUUCCUUCGUUGUGUUCUGCAGUAUUUACCGUACGUCACUCCUUAACUUCUUAGAUCUCCACGGAGAACAAUGUAGCACUGACAUGAAAACUCCAGCAUCAUAUUGGAAUCAUCGUUCAUCACUGAUUGCAGAGUUGUUGUUUGUGCUUUUUGGCUUGAAGUACUUUUAAAGGUGCUGCUGUAGCCACAGUUGGUGCCUCUAAUGUGUUACCAUCACACAGCUAAGAGUCCAAUGAUAGAAACAGAAAUACUCACCGAUCUUAGAAAAAGCCAGAUGGUCGAUUAAAAUAACUUACAGCUCCACUGAAGGUAUUUUCUGAAUUCUGUACUUUUUUUUUAAAUACUAAAAUGUUAAUGCAUGGCUUUUUAAAUCUAUACUAGAAGGAAUUACCUGUAUAGCAGUGUUACUAAUAAUAGGAGUUUAAGUUUGGUUGAUGUACAAAUUGAGUAAAGAUGUUUUUAGUUUGAAAUCCAAACAAGGGAAACAGGUAGGUCUUUUUUUUUUAUUGUGCAUCCAGAUGGUUUUGGUCUUUAAAAAAAUCCAGAAAUACCUUCAGAACAGCAGUUACUGUUGCUAAACGGCCUUGUUUUUUCAACUCCGUGACUCAAAUGUAAUGAUAACACACGAGAGGGAAUCACUGACGCCGCUACAAUCACAAACAUGGGUCAGUUCAGUAAUAUUAAACAAUGAACCCAUAAUCAUCAUCAGUGUAUGUUAAGCAGUCUGUACACGUUUGUGUUUGGUGAUUCCUCCCCAGAAAUGAACCAGCUGUUUAAUCGUUUACCUUUGUGAAACAUUGGGUGGUUUCCGUGUAAUUGGAGUCAUGUUUUCUAAACUGUCAUUUUGUCGUCUUAAUUUUUUCUUUUCUUUUGAUAGAUGACUCAUUUUCCUCACAAAAAAAAGAAACAUUUAACAUUAAAGUUGACCUCUGGAGAUAAAGCUUAGGUCAGUCCCUCCCCUAGGCCUUAGUCAGGAUAGGAUAGUGACCCAAAAAAAAUACUAGUUUAUGUGUAUAUAUAAAACUUUGGCUUAUUCUUAAAGACUAACAUAUGACCAAAGAACACUGUGUUUUGCCUUCUCAAUGGUGUCUAUGGAAGGAUAACAUGGCAGAAAAGGGAUUUUAACAGCAGGUUGUUGAACAAAGUCAACUGUAUGUGGGAGUGAUUUGGCUAAAAUAUACCAGUAUUAACAACUUAUUCCAAGACAGGUCUAUCAUGAGUUUCUUUAUGGAUUAGGAGCGUAAGAAGACGAGCUGCACAUAUCAGGGUACAUCAUCAAUAUUCAUCUCUGUCAGCUUGUUCAGUCGCCAGCGAGAUGCAGGAAAACAAGCAAACAACCUACGAACAGAUGCUCAUCCCGAACCGUAUGGCAGUCAGUUUUUCUAUCUGCAUUCUCACGAUCACAAUAGUUUUUGGUUGUACGUUGAUGAUUAAUAAACAGAUUCAUGUUUGAUUUGUCA